CUAACAGGGAGGGAGACAGGGGAUGAUGGCGUGCUACUUUGCAGGAUGUCUUUGCAGCGGGCCGUCAAAUCCGACCACCAAUGAAGACAGAGGAAGACAGAUAAAACAAGUUUUCACUUCUUUUCUCAUCCCACAAUGUCCAUAUUCAAUGCUUCCCGUAUCCUUGGAAAGACGGUGCUCGUAACCGGAGCUUCUGCAGGUAUUGGGGCAGCCACUGCUCUAUUAUUUGCCAAGGGUGGCUCCAAUGUUAUCCUUGUGGCUCGUCGUGCGGAGGCGGUUAAAAUUGUAGCCGACGCGUGCGCCGCCGCUUUUGAGGCUUCUGGUUUAAAGGAAGGAGGAAGAUUUGCCGCCGUCCAACUUGAUGUGUCGGAUAAGGCUCAAGUUGCUUCAUUUUGGGAUAAGGUACCUCAGGAUCUCCGAAAUGUUGAUAUUCUUGUCAACAAUGCUGGCUUCGUUCUCGGUGUUGAUCAAGUGGGUAACAUUAAAGAUGAAGAUAUAGAGGCAAUGUUCGCCACAAAUGUUCUCGGACUUAUAUCCGUCACUCAAUUGCUACUCAAAGACUUCAAAGUUAAGCAAUCUGGACACGUCAUCAACCUUGGGUCUAUUGCUGGAAGGGAAGCGUACGCAGGGGGAAGCAUUUACACUGCGACCAAGCACGCGGUUCAUGCCUUCACAGCUUCCAUGAUGCGGGAGCUAGUCAAUACACCCAUUCGGGUGACUGAAAUCCAACCUGGAAUGGUUGAGACCGAAUUCUCAAUCGUUCGCUUCCGUGGGGAUGCUGGCGCGGCGAAAAAGGUUUAUGACGGACUAGAACCUUUGACUGCUACUGAUAUCGCAGAGGAGAUCGUAUGGGCAGCCGCUCGUCCCCCACACGUCAAUAUCGCGGAAGUAUUGGUUCUCCCAGUCAACCAAGCGUCCACGACUGUUAAUUACAGAAAACCCAGUUAGAACUAUCCAAUUACUUUUCAAAUGUACUUGUUUAUCUGUUGCACAUACUUAGUGGCAGCACUUCUCUAGAGGAUAAAACAAACGAAAUCCCCUCGUUUUCAAGCAACGGUGUUGGAAAUGUCAAAAGCUCCUAGGUUAUCAUAUGAAUAUGGAAAAGUGUCAUAGUAAGUGCUGGUAAGCUGGUAACCCUAGUAAGAGUAGUUAGG